GUUGUGUUUGUGCUAAUGUUCCGGACUGUACACAGCUGGUAAAGACACGCUGUCAAUUUUUGACAGCUUCGGAAACUUAACGACACUGUGAUCUGGAACAAACCUCGCAAAGAUGAAUCGAGACUUAAAGUAUUGGAAGGAAGCAGCCACUGUCAUCUUGACUUCAGGUGUUCGAAAUUGCUUUGUGAAUAAAGAUCCCAGUACACAGACUUGUCAGCCUCCACGUUCAGUGCCAAAACAAAAGAGAAAUGCAAUUCACUCGUGGUUGGAGAAACCUGUCUUUGAUUAUGCUGUACUUAUGUUACAGCGGAGUGCAAAAAGCAGUUUCUUGCCUCAUGCUCAGGUAUUUCCUGGAGGUACCGUCAGUCCGUCUGAUUUUUCCAGUGAGUGGAUUCAGAUGUUUCAGCCCUUUUGCAAGCCACCUAACUUUAAACUAGGUAUAGUCAGGCAAACCUCCAAGAGAGCUCCAAUCCUUGCAACGGACAGGAGAAAGCUAGGAUCUGAAGUCCCUGGAGAGGUGGCUUUCCGUAUUUGUGCUAUUAGGGAAACUUUUGAAGAAUCAGGGAUUCUACUUGUGAAGCCGAAUACCCCUGAAACAUGUUCAAGCAGCCAAGGAGCCAUAAAGCUCACACAGUACGACCAAAAAGAACUUGCAAAUUGGAGGCUGCUUGUGCAGAAAAAUGCAGCAAAUUUUAUAAAGCUUUGCAAAGAGCUGGACUGUAUACCAAAUAUUUGGGCAUUGAAGGAGUGGAGUAAUUGGUUAACUCCUACUUACUUGGAGAGAAAGCGUUUUGAUACUGCAUUCUUCAUCUGUUGUUUGCAAGAAAUUCCUUUCACAUUGCAAGAUGAUUAUGAAACUGUUUCCUACAACUGGAUGUCCCCACCUGAUUUUGCUGAAGGCUACAUUUCAGAGAAAUUCUACAUCCCUCCCCCGCAGUGGUAUGAACUGAGCAGACUCUGCCAAAUACCCCAUUUCCAAGAUCUGCAGCAGUUUAGCCAGCAUCGGGCAUUGGAAGGCUGCGAACGAUGGCUUCCAAUUCGUCUUCUUGCUUCUGAUGGCUCUGCGAUUUUGUACCCUGGGGAUGACCUUUAUCCAGAGGAUCCUGAUUACACAGGAGAAAAGCAGAUGAACAUCACUUCCUCAAAAACUCUGGAACAAUUGAGGUUAGAGGUUACCAAACUAAAUCGCGCGGAAGUGAGAGAUUUGCAUGUUAUAAUACUGUACGUGAAUAUUGAGCCCCCGUAUAAACAUAUCAAUCCACUAAUGGUGAACCCAAUACUUUCCAGUUAUCUGUAAAUUCUUCCAAUGAAUCAACAAAAAUAUCUGUCAAAAAUGUUCUUAAAUGAUCAAAGUUUAUUUUUGAAUGUCUUCAAAUAGAACACUGGUAACAAUAUCAAAACAGAAUUAGAACAUUACAGCGCAGCACUGACCCUUUGGCCCUUGAUGUUGCACCCACCUGUUGAACCAAUCUGAAGUCCA